UCGAAUCGAAUACCACGAGAACAUGUACCAGCAACACCGAAUUCGUCUCUCAAUGGUUUUCUUUGCAUAUGCCGCCUUCUGCUUAUUUUGGAUACCCAUGACUUUGGCAAGAAAUGUGGACAACACUAAGAAUGAGAUUCACGAUGGCCUAUCGGGUAACUUUGGAAAAACCAACAACCAAUUAAACACUCCUGGUUCACCCGGAUACUAUGCAGCAAAAAGAAGUCUUCACUCCUUGCUAUUCGGUCCCAGAGAAUACCAGCCCAAGGCUCAUGGCAAAACUUCUGCCAACAUGGAUUUGGUGGACUUCCUGCUGGAAUAUGAGGACGACGAUAGGAACAAGCGUUUCGAUGAUUAUGGGCACAUGCGAUUCGGCAAACGUGGCGGAGAGGAACAGUUCGAUGACUACGGACACAUGCGCUUUGGCAGAAGCAUUUAAAUUCAUUCCCUUCUGAAUUCGACUAUCGGACAUCCUCGUAACUGCUGCCUGCAAAUGUGUUUUUAAAUUGGGGUCUUAAUGAAUCACGUCAGUCACACUGGAAAUUAUUUUAAAUGCUUUUAUUUUGAGUAAAAUUGUAAAUAAAAUUAUAUAUAUCAAUGUA